AACUGACUUUAUUCUUAACUUUAAAGUGAAAAUAGUCAAAAUGCAUUUAGCUCAAUUUAUAUUUACAAUAUUGAUAUUGGUUGCUGUGGCUUUUGCUCUGGAGAAGCAUUACUACUGCGAUUUAAAGGCCACGGACGACGAAUUCUCAGCACGCUCUCCAGGUUGUAAGAUGCGCACAAGAGACGUAUGGAGCUACAAUAAGACGGCAGAAGUAUGUGAAGCUUGGGAAUAUACGGGAUGUCAAGCAAUAGACGGUAAUAGAUUCAGCACUUUCGGUGAAUGUGCCUGGUUUUGUAAUGCCAACGAAUGAAUUACAUUUUUCAUGGUCAAGCAAAUCAAGAUCAAGUGAUGAUUUAGGUCCCUAUAAGGAAUUUCCAUCUUUUUCUAAAUUCUUUAUCAAUUCUUUGAAACAUUUUGUUACUGUUACUGUUACUGAUUGUAUUCGAAAUUGGUGUUAAAAAAUAAAUUUGCUUUAAGAUGUCUUUUCAGUUAGCAUUAUAA